UCUCAGCUGUCUCAAUCCCAAUUUGAAAACUGUCGCACUUCGCAAAGGCUCCCACACCCUUCUCAACACUUCCCGUCUGCUGAGAGUGACUGUUUAACCCAAUAUGGCUUCCUUCAAAGACUCCCUACCCCCUGACCUCUUCGACCAGACCACGCUCGUCUCAUUAGCCUCGACCCUCGCGAUUCUGGCAACCGCAUAUCUUCUAUCCCUCUCAGUCCUUGACCGAGCUACGCCAGGGAGCUAUCGCUUCCUAUUCAUAUGGCACGCAUUCGAUGCCCUCAUCCACUUCAUCCUCGAAGGGAGCUUCCUCUAUCACUGCUUCUUCUCAUGGAUGCCGCUCUCUAGCGUCUCGAACCCGCACGCGCUAGCACCGACCGCGCAUAACUUCCUCGGGUACACGAACCGCGCCUAUGGCCCGCAAGCCGGCGGCAAUAGCCCCUUAGCCCAGCUUUGGAUGGUGUACGCGAAGGCGGAUCGACGAUGGGCUGGUGCGGAUCUGUCCGUCAUCAGUCUUGAGCUCCUAACCGUCUUCGUGGCCGGCCCGCUUGCCUGCUACAUCUGCUACGGCAUCGCAAAGAAGGACCCGCGCACCAACAUCCUGAUGAUCGUGAUCGCGACGAUGGAGCUCUACGGCGGCUUUAUCACCUUCUGCCCGGAGUGGCUGACCGCGAACUACAACCUCGAUACGAGCAACUUCAUGUACAAAUGGGUGUACCUCGUGUUCUUUAACGUGCUGUGGGUAUUCAUCCCGCUUUACGCCAUUUGGGUCGCCGUCGAGAAUAUCAAUGAUGCUUUUGCCGUGAGGGAGAACGCCGUUGCGGGGCGUAAGGAGAAAUGAUUUAACUUUGGAAUGUUCAACGGCGUAGCCUUUUUUAUUUAAAUAUAUUAUUCAGGAUUUCAUGUUUAUAUAUGUAAAUAAAAAAGUUUGGAUUAAAAAGAUAUUGUCGAAAUUCCCGAGGGCGCCGACAUGAUGAAUGUUUCCGAUGGGCGGAAGGGAAGAAGCAUCUGUACGUCUGCGUUCGUGUUGCCACGAUAGCCUGAGCCGGCGACGUGUUCUCCGGAACCAUCCCGACCGUCGAAGAAAGCCGAGAAGCGCGCGCCCGUCCUCAAAAUCGAAUCGUGCUAUCAAUCUGAUCAACUACUACUACGGCGACAAUUAGCUUCGGGCUUGCAGGUAAAUUGCAGAUUUUCCAACCCCUUUUUCUAGGUACCUAGUGUGCUGGUACCUAUAGAUGAGGCCAAAUCCAACAGUACAAGGUCUCAGUAUACAGCAGUUCGAUCUUGUAGCGACUAUCUCUUUAACUGGCAAUAGUCCCCAGUCAGGGAUUAAAAGGCAAGAUACACUUAAGCACCCACAAAAGCUCGGUUCAGGGCACUGCUGGUACAAAUAAUACGGGGAAAAUAGCAGUAAAAUCAUGUACCGUUCGUGUUUUAUAUUCUG